UGGCAACUUGGCUCAGCUACCUAAGGCAGCUUAGCUUGAAUCAUAGUUUGUCGACCGCACAUUCAAGACGUUAUUGACAUACCAUACCCUCUCAACUCUCGCAUUCAAGUCUUUCGGAGUUCAAGCUUUCUUGUGUUAUUCUUUUCACCCUGCCGUCAAAUUUGGACUGACCGCGAGCCAUGGAUUCGUCUGCUGCGGAUUCGUCGCACGAGCCUUCUGCGAUGGAUACCCCAGCAUCAGAUGUGACAACUCCGGUACAGGAGACACCUGCACCAGAUAUGCCUGCACUAGACAUGCCUGCACCAGAGCAUGCAGAGCCUGUCUCGGACUCGGCACUUACGUCGGAACCAACGGAAUCUGCGGCGGACAGUGGUAACCCGGUAACGUCGGUAACUCUUGAGUCUGACCAAUCGCCAGCCGCAGCAGGAGGUACAUCAGCCGCACCUAUAGCCACGUCAGCAGGAGACGCAAGUGGCCCCAUUUCUGCCGGUUCCGAUGUUCGGCCGGCUCCUUCUGACGUGGCUCCAACAGUGACGGAUACUCCAUCGGAAGGCCCUGCUGCAGCUGCCACGUCAGCUGAUUCCGGCCGUGAUCCAGCCACGUUGCCUGGCUCUGCUGCAACGAAUAGUCACAGCGACGCCAGUGAGCAGAGUCAAAGAAUUGACGCAACCGCUGGCGGCAGGGAAGGCGGAAAUGAGAGCGGAACAGGAGGAGAAACGGGAAGAGGAAGCGGUUCAAAGAGGGCCGAAGGGGGAAGAGGGGGGAGUGGCGGAGGGGAAAGAGGAGGAAGAGGGAGAGGUCGCGAGCCUACAAAAACGGGCAGCAGCAGCAGCAGCAGCGCGCCCUCGAAGCCGGCUUCUGCCGCCGCAAGGCGGUACGCCGCUGAGGGAUCUGCUCCUCCGCCGUCGUUACUGGAGCAGGCGCAGGCGUUACCUGGUUACUCGCUCUUCUCCAAGGGCUUCCAGUCCCUGCGCUCGUCGCUCGCCAGCCCUUCGCCUGACUCCUCGCCAAGCCCUGCAGCAGGGAGAACAAGCAGUGGGGGAGGAAGCAAUAGUGGGGGUAGUGGUAGAGGGGUGGCGCAAGGAAGCGCAGUCGCAGGGAGAGGUGGUGUAGCUGCAGCACCAGGAAGCGGGAGAGGAGCGGCAGGAGGAGCGGCAGGGGCAGCAAGUGCAGGAGUAGCAGCAGGAGGAGCCCCCGUAGUGCGCAGUGCAUCAGGGGGAGCAGGACUGGGAGGGUCGUCAGUGCCAUCAGUGGACACUGCUGCCAUGCGGGAGUCAGCCAAGGAGGUGCUCAAGAGCGCGGAGAAGCUGCAGGAGAAUGCACGAGCGGCCCUGGGGUCAUUUUUCAGCUCGCUUUCUGAGAAGGGAACGCCUGGGGAGAGCACCAGCAGCAGCAGCAACACAAGUGUGGGAAAGAGCAGCAGCGGCAGCGGCGGUGCCGGCAGUGGCAGGCAGGCUGCGGCAGAGGCAGCGGCGGCAGCAGCCGCUGGAAUGCAGUCGCUGUGGCAGACGUUCUCCGCCCCUGCUGCCGCUGCUCCUGCUCCGACUGCUGCUGCUGCUUCUGGUGCAGGGCGCGGGAGAGGUAGAGGGAGAGGUGGAGGCGGAGGAAGAGGGGGGGAGAGGCAGGGGGGAGGAGGGGGGCUUGGGGCGGGUUCAGGGGCAGUUGGAAAGGGGGAUGCUGGAGCGACUGGGGGUGCUGCUGCUGCUGCUGGCGAGAGUGUUGGGGAGAGGGGGGGAGGAGGGAAGGGAGAAGGAAAAGUGGAUGGAAAGGCAGCAAUCGUACCAGCAGUGGUGGCAGUAGGCAGCAAAAUAGAAGAGGAAACAAAGGGAGAAGGAGCAGGGGAGGGAGAAGAAGACAAAGGGACAAAUGCAGAAAGAACGGAGGAGGGACGAACGGAAAAAGUUGCAGAACUUAAGGAAGUGGAGCACGAGGAAAAGCAGGAGGAAGGGGGGAUUGAGAAGAAGGACGGAAAUCAGGAGGAGGAGGUAGGGGAGGGGGAUGGUUUUGAGGCGCCUCAAAACGAGGAGGAGGUAGGGGAGGGGGAUGUUGAUGCUGGCGAUGACUUGGUGGCAGAGAUUCUAGAGUGGGCGGCGACAGCAGGGGAGGACGCGGAUGAGGACACGGAGGCUGCGUUUGCUGCUGUCAUGGAUGCUCUGGGCAGCGACGGGGAGGAGGAAGAGGCGGAGGAGAGCAAGGGACGUGGUGCUGCUGCUGGUGCUGCUGGUGCUCCUGCUGCUGUAGCUGAUACUGUUGCUCCUGGUGGCGAUGAUGUUGGAGGUGGGCUUGGAGCAGAGGCAGGGAUAGAGGGAGGAGGAGAAGGCGUUAGGGCGAGGUCGCUUGACAAGGGGAAAGCGCCUGCCACAGAAGAGGAGGAGUCGGGGGGGCAGGCAGGGGAGCAAAAGGCACAGGCAGAGGCAGAGGCCAAAGCACAGAGGCAGGCUCAGCUGAAGGCUGAAAAGCUGGCUAAGGCACAGGCAACAGCACGAGCACAGGCACAGGCGCAAGAACAGGCAGCAGCAGCAGGAGCAGCGGCGGCAGCGGCAGCAGCAGCAGCAGCCGCGUCUGCGAGCCAAGUGCUGGGAUCAUUCACUAAGGGGUUUAUGGAGGGCACAAGGGGGUGGAUGGAGGAGAGUAAGAAGGGUUUAGCCGACGGAACUAAGGGGCUAGUUGAAGGGACUAAGGAGCUCGUAGGGGAGGGUACUAAGGGGUUUGUGCUGGGGACGAGGGGACUCAUGGAGGCUACUAAGGAGUUAGUGGAGGAAGGGAGGAAGGAGAUAGUGGAAGGGACGAUGGAGUGGGUGGAGGAGGGAAAGAAGGGGCUUGCAGGAGGGACGAAGGUGUUACAGGAUGGGGGGAAGGUGAUACAGGACCGGACAAAGGGGCUGGUGGAAAGGUCGCAGAGUGCUGCCAAGGCGAUUCAGGCACAGGCGAAGCACCUGGCGUCGCAUGGCAAGAGGCGGUUUCAGCAGGGCGGGUUCGACCUGGACAUGACGUACAUCACUGCGGGAAUCAUCGCCAUGGGGUUCCCCGCUGGGGGCGAUGCCAAUGCCGGGAUCAUGAGCAUGGUUGAGGGCCUGUACCGCAACCAUGUCACCGACGUGCUUCACUUCCUCGAGACAUACCACAAGGGUCGCUACAUGAUCAUCAACCUGUGCACAGAGCCGCUGUACCAGUACGACCCUGCUGUCUUCCAUGGGCGGGUUGGAGCGUUCCCCAUCGCCGAGGGGCAGGUGCCGCCGUUGCCUAUCAUCCUGAACUUUUGCCUAACUGCCCGGGCGUGGCUGAGCGCAUCAGAGGAUAAGCGGAGGCUGGAGGAGAAAGGGAAAGGGAAGGAGGAGAAGGGAGAGGGUGGAGGAGAUGCAGGGGAAGGGGCGAGAGAGGAGGAAGGGGAGGGGAAGCAGGAAGGGGAGGGGAAGGGGGAUGGAAAGAGAGAGGGGAAGGGAAAGGCGGAGGAGAUGGUGGGCACUGAUAUGGGAGAGGUGGUUGAGAAGAUGGGGGCAGAGGACGGCAGUGGCAGUGCCAAUGGCGAUGGUGUUACUCCGGGGGGCAGUUCAGAAGCAGCAGCAGCGCCAUCCACAUCAGCAGCAUCAUCAGCAGCAGCACCAUCAUCAUCGUCAUCAUCUGCACCAGCCAUGCCCCAUGAGAGCAGCAGUCAGCCCCACCAUGACAGCAGCCCCAUCGAGUGGAGUGAUCGCAUGCUCGUGAUCCAUUCCAAGGAGGGACUGGGUCGCACGGGCCUCAUGGUGUCCUCCCUGCUGCUCUUCCUCAACUACUACGCCACGGCAGAUGAGGCCAUCAACUAUUUCAAUGCCAAGAGAUGCACGGAUGGCAAGGCGCUCGUGCUGCCCAGCCAAAAGCGCUAUGUGAAGUACUUUGAGGAGGUGCUCAGGAUGCGGCAUGGGAUCAUCCCUGCCCCACGCAAGUGUCACAUUCGCGGAAUCCGCAUCCAUCGCUGCCCGUACUGGGUGCGUCCUGCCAUUGUUGUCUCCGACCAAUCAGGGGUUCUCUUCAACUCGAGGAAGCACCCAAAGACUCGAGAUCUCAUGCCCGAGGACAUGUGGCACCAGUCGACGCAGAGGGAGGGCGUGGUGGUCUUUGCUCUGCCGGGCGAGCGGGGCUUGGCACCUGUGGAGGGCGAUUUCUGCCUGAAAUUCAUCGAUAGGAACGGGGAUUUUUACUGCUGGCUCAACACUGGCAUGAUUGCCAACCGCCUUGUCAUCCCAUGCGAUGAUUUCGACAAUUUUGACAAGCGUCGCCUGCCCUCGCCCGGGCUGUUAGUGGAGCUCAUUCUGCUGGACCACGACGCUCCCCUGCCACAACCCAAGAAGAAGACACCCGCGGCUGGUAGUGCUGCGGCAGCCGGAGGGAAGGGAAGAUCGUCAGAUGCCAAGGGGAAAGGCAUUGCUGUUGCAGGCUCUCGGCCGUCGGCUUCCUCCACGCCUGCACCUCCUGCUGCUGCUGCGGCUGCUGCUACCAAGGCGACCUCGGGCUUCUCUCUGGCGGCAUCCUUCCAGAGCUUUAUGAUGGGCGCAACAGCUAAGCCCCAAGCAGCUCCCCAGCAGCAGCAGCAGCAAAAGGCGAAGCAGCAGCCAUCAUCAGCAUCCUCGUCAGUCUCAGCGGGUUCUCGCACUACUGCUGCUGCUGCUGGCGGUGCUUCUGGCAGUGCUGCUGGUGCAGGGCUUCCUGCCAACUCUGGGCCAAAACACUCCGUGGGGAGUAGUAGGGGCUCGGAGCAAGUGAGAGGAAGAGCAGAGGAGGACGAGGAUAUGCACCCAGAUAUCUUCAGUGACAGUGAUGAUGAGGUGGAGGACGAGCAGGAGGAGGAGGAGGCGGGGAAGAGAGGAGGGGGAGGAGGGGGAGGAGGGAGGGUGCGGAAGGGACGGGAAACUCCUCCUCUGAUUGGACUUGAGGAGGCUCCAGGCGUUGCCUCGCCCGCGGGUGCAGGGGCAGCAGGGGUAGCAGCAGCAGUGGGGAGGAUAGGAUCCCCAGGCGGGUCCGGCCUUAGCCUGAGCUCCCUGGCAGCAGCAGCAGCAGCAGCAGGAGCAGCAGGAGCAGCAGGAGCAGCAGGAGCAGCAGGUGUGGUUGGGAGAGCCCCAUCGCCCCUCCGGGGCCCGUCCAACCCAGUAACACUUGGCAACGAGGAAGUGGUAACCAGCCCCAGCCCCGGCCCCGGCCCCAUCCCCUCUAUCUCUGCUGUGGCAGCGGACCCCUCGGCACUCUUCAUGGGAAGCCCUCUGCGCAACACCUCUGGUCCAGGGGCCGGAGCCGGGGCAUCGACCGGGAUUACAGGAAGCACUGCCAGUGCUGCUGGUUCUGCUGCUGUGGCUGCGGGUGCUGGUUCUGCUGCUACUGGCUUGGCCAGUCCUGCUGUUGGUGCAGCAGCAGCCAAGCCAGCAGCAGCAGCAGCACAGACGGGUGCAGGGGAGCCCAAAGACAAGGACCUGCAGUUCUUUGGCCCGUCGAGUGACUUCGCCAUCGCUGCUGCCAGCGCUGCUGAUGCCUCUGUGUUCUCGUUUGGGGAUGACGAGGACGACCUGGAAGACUUCUGAGGGCAGGUUGGGAACCUGAGAACCUGGAAGCACCCGCAGCAGCAGCAGCAGCAGCAGCAGCAGCAGCGACAGCAGUGGCAGCAGCAAGCAGCACAGAUGGGUGCAGGGGAGCCCAAGGUUAAGCCGAGUGCUUAAGCCCGCCGAGUGACUUUGCCAUUGCUGCUGCCAGCACUGCCAAUGCCUCUGUAUUCUCGUUUGAGGAUGACGAGGAUGACUUGGAAGAAUUCUGAGGGCAGGUUGGAUUGGAAGCCUAAGCAGUUGCAGGAGUAGCAGCAGCGGCAGCAGAGGUGGGUGCUGCAGGGGGCAGCAGUGACAAGAAUCUUCAGUCCUUGGGACGGACGAGUGACUUCGCCAUUGCUGCUGUCAGCCUCGUUUGGGAAAGAUGUGGAGCAAGAGUUACCUGCUUGGUGGAUACAUGACUGUGCUCUGGUCCGGGGAUAAGUAGUCUUGCGGGAGUGAAUUUUGUAGGAAUAUGUAUGGUGUGCUAUUGCACAGAAAACUUGCUUUACUUCCUCUCAUAAUUUCUCUACCUACAGAAGGCUCUUUGGCUGGCUGAAACUUUUUUCACCUUCUGAUGCAGCUAUUAACUAGGCUACUUUCCCUUCUGAUGUUUAGUUAUGGUGAGACAACCAUCGU